GACGUCAGCGGUGUCGCAGCGGGGCCGGAAGCGGCGGCGGGCGCGGGCCAAGAUGGCGGACGGCGACAGCGGCAGCGAACGCGGCGGGAGCGGCAGCGGCAGCGGCGGUUUCGGCCCUUCCCGAAGCGGUGGAAGCGGCGGAGCCGGAGCGGGAAGCGGCGCUGGACCCGAACAGGAAACUCAGGAAUUGGCUUCGAAGCGAUUGGAUAUCCAGAACAAACGGUUCUAUCUGGACGUGAAGCAAAACGCCAAAGGCCGUUUCCUUAAGAUCGCCGAGGUGGGCGCGGGGGGGUCCAAGAGUCGCCUCACCCUCUCCAUGGCCGUCGCCGCCGAGUUCCGCGAUUAUUUAGGCGAUUUCAUCGAGCACUACGCUCAGCUGGGCCCGUCCAGCCCCGAGCAGUUGGCCCAGGCCGCGGCGCCGCCGGGCGAGGAGGGACCGGGGCCUCGCCGGGCCCUCAAGAGCGAAUUCCUCGUGCGGGAAAACCGUAAAUAUUAUCUGGACCUGAAAGAAAACCAACGCGGACGAUUCCUUCGGAUCCGUCAAACCGUCAAUCGUGGACCGGGAGGAACGGGUGGUUUCGCUUCGGGACCUCCGGGACUUCAAAGCGGUCAAACCAUCGCUCUUCCCGCUCAGGGCCUGAUCGAAUUCCGCGACGCUUUGGCCAAAUUGAUCGAUGACUACGGGGGAGAGGAGGAUGAGUUGGGAGGUCCCGGGGGCGGCGGGCCGGGCGGAGGGGGGCUCUACGGAGAGCUUCCCGAGGGUACUUCCAUCACGGUGGACUCCAAGCGUUUCUUCUUCGACGUCGGCUGCAACAAAUACGGCGUUUUCUUGAGGGUGAGCGAAGUGAAACCCUCGUACCGCAACGCCAUCACCGUCCCCUACAAAGCUUGGGCCAAGUUCGGCGGCGCUUUCUGCCGUUACGCCGAAGAGAUGCGCGAUAUCCAAGAAAGGCAAAGGGAUAAACUCUACGAUCGACGCGCCGGACCACCGGGACCCGGGAGCGGGAGCGGAGCCGGCGAUGAUUCCGACGGUGACGACGUGGAUGACGACUGA